UAAGGUAAAUAUAAUGUGUGGAUGUAGCGGACACGGAAGUUGUGGUUUUCGAUUUUUCUUCUUUGGAUCUGAAGAAGAAGAGAAAGGGAAAUUAUUUUCGUUUUCAUUUCAUUGUUAUUUUAUUUUUAUCCCCUUCCUAUAUCUAAACACGACAUCAUCAUCAUCCAUCAUCAAAACAUUUCAACAACAACAACAAAAAACAGCUACAACAAAGCUAAACAGCAAUAACAUCAUCACUAAUAUUAGCCUAGCAGCCAUCUUUUCAUCUCCAAAAAAAUUUUUUUUCUCGAAACUGCGAGAAUCUAUUUUAUUUUUCUUUUAUUAUUAUUUUUUAAGUUCGAUCUUCUCUUCGUUUUUAAACCUUCCAUUUUUAUUUUUAGCCCACUGCACAAAAUAAAAACGCAAGAUUUCCUUUUUUUUUUAUGUAUAAAAGUAAAUACAAUAUUGUUUAAUUUAUUCGAUCUCUGUAAUUCUGGCCGUAGAAGAUCACAAAUUCUGACUAGUUUUGGGGGAAAUUCAGCGUUUCGCAUUUGUUUUUUUUCGUUGUGGAUGGAAAGGUAGUCGGAGCCGGAAAAAGGAAAGGUCAAACGUCCAUAGCCAGGUUUUCUGAGUUUCCAUUUCUUUGUUCCUUUUUUCUUAUCGAUUCCAAAGAAGAUGCUGUAGUUGAAGCAGCCAAGCUUCAUUAUUUUGCAAAGGAGGGCAGAUUGUAUUUUGGCAAGAAUAAGGUAAUUCCGGAUUAAGUUAUGGGAUUUUCUCUUAACGGAAACAAUAAUAAUAGCAAAAAGUUCCGUCGUUAGUGCAUGCUCUUCUGAUAAAUUCCCUGAGCCAAGGGCUCGGGGGAGAUCUGAGAAACCAGAAAUUGAAAACGGUGAAAAAAAGAAGCCUAUCAUGGAAUCAUCUGCAGCAGCAAAUUGUGAUAAUAUUAACAAUAAUGAGAGCUCCUACCAAUCCCAAACCCCCAUCUGUAUGGAGAAAUUCAAACUCUACGAAACUCGAUCGAAUUUUUAUAUGAUUGGAAGGGAUAAGAGCAGAACUUAUUGGAGAGUGUUAAAGAUUGACCGGCUUGAUCCUUCUGACUUAAACAUUCGCGAAGGUUCUACCAUGUAUACGGAGAGUGAAUGCUCUGAGUUUUUGAGGCGAAUACAUGAUGGAAAUAUAUCAACGGGUGGAUUGAAAUUCGUCACCAUUUGUUAUGGCAUUGUUGGGUUUGUUAAGUUUUUGGGGCCUUACUAUAUGCUGAUUAUUACGGAACGAAGACAGAUUGGUGCAAUUUGUGGUCACAAUGUAUAUGCAGUUUCAAAAAGUGAGAUGAUUCCCCUCCCAAAUUCUACUGUUAACACAAGCAUCGCCGACUCUAAGAAUGAGAACAGAUACAAGAAGCUCCUAUGCACAGUGGAUCUUACAAAGGACUUCUUCUUCAGCUAUUCAUACCAUGUUAUGCGUAGUCUUCAAAAAAAUUUGUGUAAUAAUGAACCAGGCCAGGUUCUUUAUGAGACCAUGUUUGUUUGGAAUGAGUUCCUGACCCGAGGGAUCCGCAAUCAUCUCCGGAAUACUCUAUGGACAGUUGCAUUGGUGUAUGGCUUCUUUAAGCAGGCAACGCUUUCUGUAUCUGGACGAGAUUUUAAACUUACACUCAUUGCAAGACGAUCCCGUCACUAUGCAGGUACCAGGUAUUUGAAACGAGGAGUAAAUGAGAAAGGCAGAGUUGCUAAUGACGUUGAGACAGAGCAGAUUGUCUUUGAGGAUGUACCUGAUGGGCUUCCCACACAAAUAACUUCCAUUGUCCAGAACCGAGGCUCAAUCCCACUCUUUUGGUCACAAGAAACUUCUAAAUUGAAUCUUAAACCAGAUAUCAUACUGUCAAAGAAGGACCAAAAUUAUGUAGCAACCAGGCUUCAUUUUGAAAAUCUUGUCAAGAGAUAUGGCAACCCCAUAAUUAUUUUGAAUUUGAUUAAGACACAAGAGAAAAAGCCUCGAGAGUCAAUUCUUCGUCAAGAGUUUGCAAAUGCGAUUGAUUUUAUCAAUAAAGAUUUGUCAGAAGAGAACCAUUUGAGGUUCCUUCACUGGGAUCUACAUAAGCAUUCUCAGAGCAAAGCGACAAAUGUUUUGCUGCUUUUGGUCAAAGUGGCUGCGUAUGCAUUAACGCUAACAGGUUUCUUUUAUUGUCGGGUGACAUCAGCCUUGAGAUCUGAGGAGUGCAUGGCAUGGCCUUCCUCUGAGAAUAACGAUGAUGGUGACAUGUCACCCCAGAAAUAUUGCAACAAUGUUAAUGAGGAUGUUUACAGAUUGGAGAGGAAUUAUUCUGGGGAUAAUAAUGUUGCUAACGGAAAUCAUUCUGUCAAGCCUUCCACAUUCCAAAGAGGUGUGCUUAGGACCAAUUGUAUAGAUUGUCUGGAUCGCACAAAUGUUGCACAGUAUGCAUAUGGAUUGGCUGCUCUUGGACACCAGCUUCAUGCUUUGGGGAUUAAAGAUACCCCCAAAAUAGACAUCAAUGAUCCUUUGGCAGAUGAAUUAAUGGGUUUCUAUGAGAGAAUGGGUGACACACUUGCGCACCAAUAUGGUGGCUCUGCAGCUCAUAAUAAGAUAUUCUCUCAGAGAAGGGGUCAAUGGAAAGCAGCAACCCAGUCCCAGGAAUUUUUUAGAACUCUUCAACGAUAUUAUAGCAAUGCAUACAUGGAUGCUGAGAAACAAGAUGCAGUUAAUAUAUUUCUUGGGCAUUUCCAGCCCCAGCCUGGUAAACCUGCACUUUGGGAGUUGGGUUCGGAUCAGCAUUAUGGGGGAAGAAAUGGGGAAACAAUUGUGGAUGAAGAUGGAAGGUCACUUUUCAAAUCAUUUUCUGAUAUAAACAUUCUUCGUCAAAGUGCUUCACCUGUGUCGGCCACAAAUGACAAGCAAGAGAAAUUUACCAAUUCAACUUUGCCUAACCAAUCAGGAGGAAGUAAUGGCCUUUCAGAAUCAUCGCCUGAAAUAUCGACUUGUGAAAGUGAUAUAUCGUAUUCAAGGUAUACACCCUCAAUGCCUCAAAGGCAGCUGUUUGGAGACGUGCAAAGAGAUCGCUGUCUUGAAACCGAUCAUAUUUUCUUCUCUGAACACGGGGAUGGGUUCAAGUGCUCUAACUUUGUUGACCUGGACUGGCUUUCAUCCUCUGGAAAUUCUUGCGAGGAUGAAUCAUUUGAAAGUUCCAUAAUAACCCUCAACAUGCAUGCACACACUCAAAAGGGGUGCUGUUCUUUGACUACUUUCUCUAUGAGGUUGUACCUGGAAGAUAUCUGCAGGUCAUCAGUGCUGACAAGCUCUUCGGCUGCUGGACUUUCAUUGGAGAAUGUUGUCAAUGGAAUAUUGGUAGAAACAACCCCAUCCACUAGUGAAUAUGGAUCAAGUAUGAAGGGAGGGCGGCAGACAGGAACGGAGCUACCCUUUGGUAAUUUGCAGAAUUUCAAUGUUCCUGAGGAAUUCUCUGAUAGUUUUGUGCAGUGGGUAAACUACGGUCAGAUGCUUUGCCUUUAAAGUUUUGCUCCUUUUUGUAUGUCCAUGACACGACUCCAAGAUCCAAGAUCAAGCCAUGGAUGGAAACCAAUUUAGGUAGCAAAAAUCAAGGGCGAAGCAGAAGCAGUUUUACUGGAACUCAUAUGUAAGAUACCCUCCAGCAGCAGUCGUUUUGGCCCUCAUGUAUGACUAUAGGCAGCAAAAGCCUCAACCAGAAACUGAUACUCGUACAAAAGAGUAAAUAGUCAACAGUUAAAAAAGAAAUUCUUUUCGGAGCUCAUCCAUUUUUCUAAUUCCUUCAAUCGAUAAAUGGAAGUUAUAGGCAUCAGUCUUGUAAAUAUUGUGCCUCUGCUUUUUGGAGAGCUCCGCUUCUAGGAUUUCAGGUCAUUGAUUCUUUUUUUCCUUUCAAGUUUAUUCAUGUGCAGACAUGAAACUAAGGUUGCAGUUAAAAGAUAUUUGGGGGAAGAACCAGUUACAGGACUGAUGUUGCCUUUAAUUUUCAGCCACCUGGGGUUUGUUUUCCAAGCCAUUUAAAAAAAAAAAAACAUAUUUUAACUUCGUUUUUCUUUUAUUAUUUUAUAAACAUUCUUUGUUUUGAUAGUCGUUUUUUUGUUGGUCUAUAAUUGCGGAAAACCGUACUCAAUGGUUGCAGCUUCUUUAAGUUCAUGUCUUCCAUCAUCUAUUGCUCAAAGAAGGGGAAGAUUGAUUUUCAAAUUGUUGCUUCUAUAAACGUUUACAUUUUGAGUCUCUCUUCAUUGUGAAAAUAAACGAUUACAUGUUAGAGUUUGAUUUUAGUUUAUA